GCAAGAUGCCUAAAUUGUGAAGCUAUGCUCGCUCCAAUUUUGGCGGUUGAAGAGGAUGAGUUCAUAAUGUCAAUAUUAUGACGCCAUGUUGUAAAAUUCAAGCACUACUUGAUUCAACUGUUCUUCAGCUCGAAUUUUGGGUCAAUUCUCUGUAAGUCGUAUCUCUUCUCUCUCAGUUUGCGCACUGUAAUGAACUGAAUUCAACUGCAUGAAUUCGAGGAUUCUCGUUUCUUCACCAUAUGGGAACCCUCUCCUUCCCAAUUUCAUCCCCAAAAUCCCGACUGCCACUCUCCCGGAAUCGAAUUGCAUUUUCGACGCCUUUUCUUCCAACAUCUCUCCCUUCUCAUGCAUUUCGCGUUCGUAAUUUACCCAAUCUCCACCUACGCCUCGUUCCCUGCACUGCUGCGGCAGCCGAUCAAUCAAAUCACCACCACCACCACCACCACCACCACCAUGGUCACCACCAUUGUGAUCAUGGCGUGGAGCUGACUGCGCCUCAGAGAGCGGUGGUUGGAUUUGCCAAAGCCAUUAGGUGGACGGACUUGGCGAAUUAUCUGAGGGAGCACUUGCAAUUAUGUUGCUGUUCUAUGGCUUUGUUCGUAGCUGCUGCUGUUUGCCCUUAUUUGGUGCCCAAGCCCAUUGUGAAGCCUCUACAAAAUGCUUUCAUUGUCGUUGCUUUCCCUCUAGUCGGGGUAUCCUCAUCCCUUGACGCUUUAACUGAUAUUAGUGGUGGAAAAGUAAACAUCCAUGUACUUAUGGCUCUUGCAGCCUUUGCAUCCAUCUUUAUGGGGAACUCCUUGGAAGGAGGACUACUACUUGCCAUGUUUAAUUUAUCUCACAUUGCGGAAGAGUAUUUUACAAGUCGUUCAAUGAUUGAUGUCAAAGAGUUGAAGGAAAACCAUCCAGAUUCUGCCCUUGUUUUAGAUACAGAUGAUGGUAAGCUUUCCAAUAUUACAGAUUUGUCCUACCAGAAGGUGCCUGUCCAUGAUGUACAGGUGAAUUCCUAUAUCUUGGUUGGAGCUGGUGAGUCUGUGCCUGUAGAUUGUGAAGUUUUCCAAGGUAGCGCUACAGUCACUAUUGAGCACCUAACAGGCGAAAUAAAACCUUUAGAGAUUACGGUUGGAGACAGAGUUCCUGGUGGUGCAAGAAACUUGGAUGGUAGGAUAAUUGUUAAGGCAACAAAGACCUGGAAAGAGUCAACACUGAGUCGAAUAGUGAACUUGACUGAAGAGGCACAACUGAAUAAACCAAGACUUCAGCGGUGGCUGGAUGAAUUUGGCGAGCAUUAUAGCAAAGCAGUUGUAGUUUUGUCCAUUGCUAUUGCACUCGUUGGUCCAAUAAUGUUCAAGUGGCCAUUUAUUGGUACAUCAGCUUGCAGAGGAUCCGUUUACAGAGCUCUUGGCCUCAUGGUGGCAGCAUCACCUUGUGCUUUGGCCGUUGCACCAUUGGCUUAUGCUAUUGCAAUUAGUUCCUGUGCAAGAAAGGGGAUAUUGUUGAAAGGUGGCCGUGUAUUAGAUGCAUUAGCUUCUUGUCACACUAUAGCAUUUGAUAAAACUGGGACGUUGACUACUGGAGGUCUUAUUUUCAAAGCAAUUGAACCAAUUUACGGACACAAGGUCAGAGAAAACAGAUCAGACUUUGGUCCCUGUUGCAUUCCCUGCUGUGAAACUGAAGCCCUUGCUGUAGCAGCUGCCAUGGAGAAGGGCACUACUCACCCAAUUGGGAGAGCUGUGGUUGACCAUAGUAUGGGAAAAGACCUCCCAUCCUUUUCUGUCCAAAAUUUGGAGUAUUUUCCUGGUAGAGGACUGGUUGCAACUCUGGAUGGUACUGAGUCAGGAACUAGAGGUGGGAAACUAUUGAAAGCAUCUCUUGGUUCUUUGGAUUUCAUCACUUCACUCCACAAAUCAGAAAUUAAAUCAAAAGAGAUCAAAGAAGCUGUGAGCACAUCUUCAUAUGGAAGUGAAUUUGUUCAUGCUGCUCUUGCAGUUGAUGGGAAGGUAACACUUAUUCAUCUUGAGGAUCGACCUCAUCCUAGAGUUUCAAGUGUAAUAGUAGAAUUAAGAGAUGUGGCAAAACUCCAUGUUAUGAUGUUAACUGGAGAUCAUGAGUCAAGUGCAUGGAGAGUGGCGAAGGCAGUGGGCAUCAAUGAAGUCCACUUCAGUCUGAAGCCUGAAGAUAAGCUUAGUCACGUGAAAAGUAUCUCUAGGGAGAACGGAGGAGGGCUGAUCAUGGUUGGUGAAGGCAUUAAUGAUGCUCCAGCACUUGCUGCUGCUACCGUUGGAAUAGUGCUUGCUCAACGUGCUAGCGCAACUGCUAUAGCUGUGGCAGAUGUUCUGUUGCUGCGGGAUAACAUUUCUGGUGUACCAUUUUGUGUUGCCAAGUCCCGCCAGACGACUGCCCUAGUUAAACAGAAUGCUAGUCUUGCCUUAUUUUCAAUAUUUUUGGCUUCCCUUCCGGCAGUUUUAGGGUUUCUUCCCUUGUGGUUAACGGUACUUUUGCAUGAAGGUGGUACUCUUCUGGUUUGCCUAAAUUCGAUACGCGCUCUGAAUGAUCCGAGUUGGUCCUGGAGGCAGGACUUGAAGCAAUUGCUAAUGGGACUGAAAUUUAGGGGGUCGCAGCCAAGCCUUGAUACCAGCUCUACCAGUACCACUGUACAAUCUUCCCUUUUAUAGUUCCUCUCUACUUCUCUACAACUAUAAGCUUCCCCUUUGUAGUUCUCUUUCUCAUUAAGCUGUUAAAAAUCUGUACAUGUUCGUUUUAGGUAAAUGAAUUUUACUCUCUUUUGAAGUGCCUUAAAAA